AUGACAUCGACCUCAUGGCCGCAGCUUCUGGCCUUCAAGCUGAUCUCUCCACCCAGCGACCCUGGGAGUCCAGAGUGGAUCUUCAGCUGUGACGAGGAGAUAGAGCGUCGUUAUGAGAUCGUUCCCUCUGUGGUCUGCUCCAUGUGCUGCCUCUUUGGCAUCAUAUACUGCUUCUUUGGUUACCGUUGCUUCAAGGCGGUGAUGUUCCUAACAGGCUUGAUGUUUGGCUCUGUCAUCAUCUUUCUGCUGUGUUAUAAGGAGCGUGUCCUGGACACCCAGCUGAGUGUGGAGGCCUCGGUGGGCAUCGGCCUGGGCAUCGGUACCCUCUGUGGCCUGGUCACCAUGCUGGUGCGCUCCGUGGGACUCUUCAUGGUGGGGCUGUUGCUGGGAUUACUGCUGGGCAUCGCCUCACUGGUGGUAAUGGGGGAGUUCCACCACCCCCGGACGGUGUGGGUGCCCCUGGGCGUGUUGUUGGGGUCAGGCAUGCUGUUCGCCGUCCUCACCCUCCAAUGGCAGCGCUUCUUCACCACCCUCUCCACCGCUGUGUUUGGCUCGGCUGUCAUCACCGUCACUGUGGACUACUUCCUCGAGCUGUUCGCUCUGGUCAGAUACAUGUCGGAGAGGAUCAAGGUGGCUCCGCCCCGUCCUCUCUGCUGGUUCACCUGGGUCGUCAUGGGGCUGUGGCCUGUCCUGGCAUUGCUGGGGGUCCUCAUCCAAUGGAAGGUAACCGCCGAGGGAUAUUCACACACUGAGGUGGUUCUCAGUCGACAGCAGCGGAGGGUCCAGUUGAUGAGGAUCCACCAGAAGGAAGAGAGGAUGCAGAAAGAAGUGAGGAAGAAGAAGAAGAGGAGACAGAAGCAGUACCACCACCCUCCUCCACUUACCACCACCAACAACAAACCCCUCCUCCCUGAGCCUAUCACCUACCACAGGAAACCAGACCACACUCUACGCUUCGAUGGGGACGUGCUCUCUCCUAGUUACAUCGCUAGUUUCCGGGACAGACAGGUGGACAGACGAGGAUACCCUCACCACGGCAGGCCCAUCGCCAGGCACCACAUAGCUGACCGAGACUACGACUGUGGAUCCCAAGUACCCCUGACCGCCCCCAAUGGACCGGCUGUACGGGUGUGA